AUAUAGGUGUUACUUUUUGCUAAAUCACAUACGACAGUUACUAGUUAUCACACAAGUUGCUGUUAUGUUGCUGUUUUUGAUGUUGUUGAUAGUCCCGGGCCACCCUCAAAAAGAACACCGACAUCAAAAGCCUAAGAUUAUCUCAGGGAUAUCAAACCAAACCGUAAAACCAGGAGAUAAACUUGAGCUGAAAUGUUCAGCUACAGGAACCCCUGCCCCAGUGGUUGUUAUCAACAAGAAAGAAGCAGGUCACCAAGGCCUCUACUUCCCUGAACCCCACCAAGACGUAGAGGGGUCUGGUAAAACUAAGAGGGUCUUUAACCCCAUCACCACAGCAGAUGAGGGAUGGUACGUCUGCAUAGCACUCAACCAGCGCAGCAUUGCAGUUUCAGAAGCAUACAUUAGAGUGGAGGACCCUUGUGAAGCUACAUGUUUACCCCCCAGAACCUGUUCAGAAGGACAGUGCUCCUGUCAGAGAGGGUGUGUCUCCACUUACUCACCCGUUUGUGCGUCAGACUGUCAGACCUACUUCAACAAGUGUCGUAUGGAACAGGUCAGCUGUGAGCUGGACACCCCUCUGACUGUACUGCACCCAGGACUGUGUAACGGUAAGAUAAUGUCCCCGAGUAUUAUCCUAUCAGAGAAGCAGGUGCACCUGGUACCCGGGGAGGGUGGUGUUAUCAGUGCUGCUGCUAGAGGCUACCCUCAACCCAGCAUUACCUGGUACAAGAUCCUAGACAAGUUCCUCCACUCCCACACUAAAGUCGGAGAAGGGGCUAGUUUAAGGGUCUACGAGGAAGGGGUAUAUUUUGGGGAGGCAGUCAACUGUUUGACUAGCCGAGUGAAGAGCAGCAUGGUUACCGUUACCAAGGUAACAGAGACGUUAACGGAGCUGAUAGCUAUGGUUACGACGGAGUUGGCAACUAAGACAAUAACAACAGUAGAAAAUAAAGCUACUACAACUCAACCCCUAACAACUGAAGCCUCACCAGCUGAUCUAACAACCCUCCCUAAACUGGAGGAUAUGAGAUCCUGUACAAUUAUUGGGGGGUCCCACGUGUCGACAUUUGACGGUUGGAGUUACCAGUUCCAUGGUUUCUGUUCUUAUGUGUUGGCUAUGGACUGUUUCUUCGCGUCCUGGUAUGUGUACGUGAGGUACAAAGAGUGCGACAGAGGCAGAUGUUUGGAUACGGUUGAUAUUAUCGACAGUGGCAACCACAUUGCUCUCUCCAGAGGGUGGGCUAUCAAUGAUGGCGGUAACAAGUUCCAGUAUAAAGAGAACACACCUUUUGUGGUGAAGGGAAUAUCCGGAAUACUACAGGACGAUCAGCUCACCAUGGCUCUUAAAAACGGGGUGUACAUCAGAUUUGAUGGCUAUUCCCUGGUUCAGGUGUAUGUUUCUGACAACGCUAAAACUUGUGGUCUUUGUGGGAACAACGACCGUGUUAAAGCUAAUGACAUAGAGAAAGGGAGGAAGAAAUACCAGACUUCUGCAGAGGUUGUGAACUUCGCGGAGUCCUGGAAACUACGAUCUAACUCCCGGUGUACCAGCACGAGUUUAGCCAACAAGCAGGUAUCCAACACCUGCACCCGAGACCCCCUCCGGCUGCAGACUCUGAGGGAGUGUAGGAAGUUGUUCAAACUAAACCUCUCUGCUAAGUGUGUCGGCAUUAAGGAACUUAAGUUUUACUACGAGUCGUGCAGGUAUGACGCGUGUCAUGGAGAGGACCCUCUAAAAGGCUACUCUAACGUGUGUUACAGUGGACAAGCUAUAGCUAAUUUGUGUGGAGUCGAGAGGAUGGACAGUGAGUGGGAGGAUAAAGUGGAGUGUGGAGCUAGAGAGGGUCGGAGAGAGGCAGUAUUUAAAGUGGGGUGUGUUUCUCCUGAGAACUAGAGAGGGUGGGAAAGGCUAUAUAUAAAAGUUAAACUAUCGUAGUAAAGAACUAUUUAUAACUAAAUUUCAACAGAUUUUUUACUUGUUUUAUACUCGUUAGUUUUUUAUAACUAUCUCUCAUUGAUUGAGGGUUGUUACUUUCCUUUUGAAAUAACAUACAUCGCACAAUACAUAUUGUAGCUUUGAAGACAUAGUUCAGUCAAUUAUACUGUUUGUAGCUUUUUACAAAUGAACCGCAAAUAAUUUUUCUCUUUAAGUUUAGUUACUUUUAUUGCUAUUUUGUUUAACGACCUUUCAGUUAUCUUUAUUAAUAUUAUGCAGUUUUUUAAAACACUGUACUAAUC